AUGAUCCAACCCGAGGUCUCCCGGCACAUUUCGGUAUCCAACAUCGGCCACGGGAUCAGUGCUCGUACCAUUUCGCCCAAUUUCCAUGGCACAUCGGGGACAGUGGAUAUCGCAUCAGCGAUGGCAGAGAUUACUAUCUUCACCGCCGGAAGCACCCUCAGGGAGAAGAGGUGCGGUCAAAGCUCACAACUGAAUUUGCCGUCCUCUACCAUGAUCUGGAUGGAGCGCAUGGGUCCCAGUGGUACUCUGGCCCCUCUUCAGUUUAAAGACAUUGACAAUCUCCCCCUGCAUCAGAAUGUCAUCCGAGAGACCCUCCGUCUCCAUGGGUCGAUCCAUUCGCUCCUGCGCAAAGUCAAGAAUCCGCUUCCAGUUCCCGACACGCCUUAG